AUGAAACCACAGGGCAUUCUAUCGACCGUCACUUUACUGGCUCUAAACUUGGCGUCUUGUACAGCAGGCUUGUGGGGCUCAUCGUCAUCCUCUAAUGGUGCAGCAGCAGCCAAUGAAGCGACGCCAGAAGCGCCUCCAUUCAAACACGACUACAAAAUGUCUUUUAAGAAACCCUUUUACUACAAUGGAACAGUCCCCUUUUGGAAAACAGGUGGUGCUGUCAUCCAGGCGGAUGAUUUUAUCCGUCUGGCACCGUCGGUGCCCAACACAAAGGGAUGGAUAUGGUCCGAUAACACAAAUCCUUAUGAAUCAUGGGAAGUCGAGGUGGCUUUCAAGGUGACAGGAAAUCAAAUGCAUGGCGGACGCGGAUUAGCUUUUUGGUACACAAAAGAUAAAAUGAUAGACGGUCCCAUUUUUGGUGCGCGCGAUCAGUGGGAUGGGUUGAGCAUCUGGCUGGAUUCAGCCAAUCCAAAGACUCACACUCCAACCACCAUGGUAUUACUGAACGAUGGCACCAGAGCCUUUGCCACCAACACCGAUCCUACAAAGUACAUGUUGGGUUCUUGUUCUAUGAAUUACCGCAACACCGUGAUCCCUUCUUAUCUCAAAGUAGCAUACAAAGACGGCACGUUGACGGUGGCGCUGGAUACCAAUGGCCAGGGAUCAGAUUACCGUGUUUGCGUACAACGCUCAGGAAUUAAGUUACCUUCAGGUUACUACUUUGGAUUGUCGGUAAUACCAAAAUCAGAUAUUUAUGAUCAUGAUGUUAUUUCCUGGGAAACGAAACAAUUAAAUCCGCCUGCAAAAGCACAGAAAUAUAAACGACCAUUAGAAGAUGAAAAGAUCCGUCAAGGCGAAGAAUUCAGAGAAUUGAGUGAUGCUCAGAAAAAGGGAGCCAUUUACGACACACAGCGCAGAGCAUUGGAAAAUCUGCAAAUGGUACAGUUACAGAUCGAGGCUUUAGGUGCACCUCCUUUACAGGACAUUCUCGAAGGAAAAGUUGAAAAGAGAACGGGCGGAUCUGGUGUUCAGACCACAAUGUAA